CUACAUUUAAUCAAAAAGAAGAGAAAAGCGCGUUUUGCACAGGCGCCAUCGGAACCGGGUGAUACUGAGGAGAAUCAGAGUCCGGAAAAGUCUGCUGCAGCCGAUGCUGCCUCUGACAGCGAUAGCGAUACCUCUGAUGAAGGUGUGGUUGACGACAGAAGAGCAUCGCCAAAGAAGAAACGACCGUUGAAGAGAAAGGUUUGA